AUGCCCGUCACUCCAAGCAAUCGCAAAGCUCACUCCGACCAACGCACGGCCAUCUCUACAAGAAGCAUAGACCCAGCGUCAAAUUUACUCUCUCCUCCAAAUCAUAAAGCCCCUACUUCCAUAAGUGCUGUCCACCCUUUCUUUACUCCUAGACGGAAUCCUCUCCGGAAGGUCACAGCAAGUAGCAGUAAUUCAAGGGGACGAGGCCUCCCAUCGCCCGAAGCAUCACCAUCUCACCGACAGUCUAAGAGAUCACGUAUAUCAAAGUCUCUAUUCGGCGAAAGUGAACAACCAAUAUUUAUAACACCUCUUAUCGAAGAUGCUGAGACCAAGGAGGAUACGGAGCUUGAACCAGGGCCUCCCCCGCCAUUACCAAGAAAAAUCAAAUCGACCUUUAACAAUAGGGUUUUGAUGAGAAGCCUAGGCGGGUAUGGGGUGCCAUGGAGGGAUCCAGGUCAACGGGGGUUUAGCUGCGCCGAUUGGAAAAUGGAGGUGAGGGGAUUUUACUCUAGGCCGGAAGAUUCACAUUCUGUCGUAAAUGAUGAGAAUGUCCUUUCGCUGCCUCUUACGGUACAAGCAUGCAAUCGAAAUUCGCUCGUUGCGGUUGGAGAUGAAUCUGGUGCUGUACGGUUAAUUGAGUCCGCAAAAGAUGAAGCACCCGGGUUUGGGCUAACUUACACCGGCAUGAAUUGCCAUGACAACGCUGUUUUUGACAUUUCGUUCUCUCCGGACGACUUUCAAAUGGCAACUGCAUCCGGUGACCAAUCUGUCCGAAUCUUUGAUGUUCAGAAACGAUUGUGCACUUCUGUUCUACAAGGUCAUCGUAGCAGUAUUAAACAAGUCGCAUUCAAUCCUCUCAACCCUUUCGUCCUUACUUCUUGCUCAAGGGAUGGCAGCAUCAAUAUCUGGGAUACCCGCUGUGUUGGUGUUCGCUCUGAAGACCUUAUCAUCCACAAGCCUGUCAACUCUAUUGAUCAAGCUCAUACCCCUCCUACUGCUCGGGGUAGGGGUGCCAAGAAGCGGGUUGACGUGAGUGUGACAGCGGUAACCUGGAUCGAAGAACAUAAGAUUGCUUCGGCCUCAGAGUUGAAUGCUGAGAUUAAAGUGUGGGAUAUUCGGGCGACUCAGAAAAAAGGGAAGGCCGCAGUGGCUAUAGACGCAAGCGCAUUGCCCACACAUCACAAUAGGGCCUUUGGGUUAAAUUCACUUACUUUAAGCCCUGAUGGGGCCAGGCUUUAUAGUCUUUGCAGGGAUGGUGUGAUAUAUGCGUACGCUACCCAGCAUCUCUCUAACGGCCCUAUUCAUGCAUACACCCACCCUCGUCUGCAUGCAUCGACUUUCUAUGUCAAAACUGCAAUCUCCCGCGACGGAAGAUUGCUCUCAGCAGGCUCCUCAGAUAACUGCCCGAUCGUUUUCCCGACAGACGAACGCUACUUUGAUCGAUCACUGUAUCCGCAAUCGCACCCAGAGGACUCGAGGGCCGCAAGUGUCAGUAAGAUUAUGCCAGUGGGAAAGGGAGCAGCGUUAGUAAGGGGGUAUGAAAAAGAGGUUAUGGACCUUACGUGGACGAUGGAUGGCGAUAUGGUCGCAAUCUCGGACGACUACCUAGCGAGAUGUUGGAGGGUGGGAGAGAGAGGCGAAGAGGCGGAAAAUAUGAGGAGUGGAGGGGAGGAAGAAGGGCGAAGAUGGGGAUGGGGCUGGUCAGAGGUGGAGUAA